AUUAAAAUUUUUUAAACCCCCUUUCUCUUUCAAGUAAAGCCUUUCUACCAUCUCGUGUCCCAAUAAGAGCUGUCAAUACAACAUAUACAUACACAUGUGCGUGUAUGUAUAUAUUAUAUAUAUGUACAGUUUCAUUCUUAAAUGCAAUUCAACGGUUUCAAAUUUAAUGCCAUUUUCUUUAUGGUGCUGCCAACCAUAGCGUCGCUGCUCUAAGAAAAAAGAAAAAAAAGAAGAAGAAGAAGACGAAGGGAUCAAAUUGCUGGGAGAUCUCAUAUUUAGUUUUUUUUUUUUUUCUUCUUUUGAAUCGGACAAAAUGCGACGAACAAGGGCAGCGACAGAAGUAGCUACUCAACGGCAAUCCGCUCGUGGUGGGCCCGCCCCAUCUAGUAAUCUCAGAACGUCAAGCUCCGAUUCCGAUCCUCCGCUUCAUCUCCGUCCUAGGAGCGAAAGGGCCCCGAAGCUAGCCGAUGGCCGAUCGCCACGUGGCGGCGCUCAAUCUCAUCCGUCCAACCCGAAGAAACUCGGGACACGCAUUGCUGACCUGGAAUCCCAACUCGGCCUAGCUCAGGAGGAGCUCAAAAGCCUCAAGGACCAAUUAGUAGUCUCCACCGAUUCCUCCAAAAAAUCAUCGCAACAAGAUCAACUCGACAAGAAGUCAAAGAAACAACAAAAGUCAACCGAAAUCGAAGAGAAGACACCAACAUCGAACACAGCCAAAGACGGCGUUAUUCCUUACGAAACCCAAGAAACCGAUGUUUUUGAGGUUCCGAUCGAAAAAUUAACAAUGGAGCCCAAGGCUGAAGAAGAAGAAGAGGACGAAUUCAAACCUAACCCCGUUGAUUUAUCCGAGCCGGAAAAUCCAUUAUUUAACGAGUUGGAUUUAAAGAACGACGAGAUUAGCUCUCUUAAAGCCACUUUAGAAGAGAAGGAUAUUGAAAUGGAAGCCCUUCGCCUAGAGAACAGUACCUUAAAGAGCGAGCUCGACGAAAAGUCGGUCAAGAUUUCAUCAGCUCAAUCCGAAAUAAACGAGUUGACUCUCAAGUUGACUAAUGCAUACGAAGAGGCAGAGAAGAGCAAAAGCAGUCACUUAGAGAUGAAUGAAAAGUUAGAAGCUGCUGAAAAAGCUAAGGAGGAACUCGAAAACGAGAUGAAGAUGCUUCGUGUGCAAACGGAGCAGUGGAGAAAGGCGGCAGAUGCGGCGGCUUCCGUUUUGUCUGGCGGAGUUGACCAGAUGAAUAACGGGAGAAGAAUAUCGGAGCGGUGUGGGUCGAUGGAUAAGAUAUUAUACGCACAUUCGUACGAACAUGUCGGUGGAUACGGUUCUGGUGGCUAUGUGGGGUCGCCCGGAAUUAGUGACGAUUGUGACGAUGUUUUUGGGAGUGAGAAGAGAAAAGGUUCGUCGGGUAUGAGAAUGUUUGGUGAUCUUUGGAAGAAGAAGGGCCAAAAAUAAAAUAAAAUAAUAAAAAAAAGAAAUAAAAAAAAAAUCUCCCACCUUUUUUCUCUUGGUGAUGUUUUUUUCAGGGUUUGAGAAAUGGUUGCUUGCCAUUUUUAAUUUGUUUUUUUUUUUUCAAUGUGAUUGUACCGUUGACUGUUGUAUCGAUUUUUAUUUAUGGUAGUGUAUGUUGAAGAAAGACGACGUAGAUUAAAUAUCGGAACUUCGUUCGGUGUAAUAGAUGCGGUCGCUGAUUACUGUUUAUAUUGAUCUUUGUAAGACCACUUAGCGAAGAACACCGUUUUCUGCUGCAAAGCUUGUUCUGUUAUGUAUGGUGAUUAAAUAUUUAUCGGAUUUCAAAAUUUAUAUAUGUUAGUUAAACCGUGUUUUAAUGA